UUCCCUUCAUUCUCAUCAUCAUAACCAUCACGGUAAGUUUGGCGUGGUUUAGAAGUCAUGUCAAACUUUAUAAACUUAUAAAACUUUCAGUUCAUUUUUAGAAACCGAUUUCUUUUUUUUUUUUUUUUUUUAACACUUCGUUCAAAGUUUUUCAUUCCUUACUGUUGUUACUUGUCAACGAUGAUUUCCCCCCUGGAACAAUAAGUUGAAACUACAGUUUUAUCCUUAUACGAUUGAGCUGGAUUACCAUGGCAUAGUGGGGCCAGCUAAACAUCCUGAUGUCUUUAAAAGAACUCAGUUUCACUGUUGCUGUUUGGAACCGACCCACCAUUCCUUACAGGUGCCUUGAGGCGCUGGUGAGACCAGAGCAACCAUAUCUCCUUACCAAUGACAUUUCUACUGCCCACUGUGUGGGUAUUUUAGAAUGCUUACCAAACUCUGUCAAGCUGGCAUCACAUGAUAAAGGGCAGCUGGGAACCAAAGAAUCUGAGCCUGAAUUAUAUGAAACCAACCAUGAUAAGUGUUGGAUGAAUUCUCGAGCUGACGCCAGUGUUAUAACAGACGUGUGUAACCGGGCAGAUUUACCUGAAGUUGAGAUCUUAAGUCUUCUUGAAGAACAAAUUCCUAAAUACAAACUUCGGGCUGAUACUAUAACAGAUUUCCGUGGGUAUGACAACGAAGACUGGAUUCAAACCCCUUUAAUUCCUUUGGAUGACGAUCUUGAAUUAACUACUGAACAAAUCGAAGAAACUUUGAAAUACUUCAUCUUAUGCGCGCAGCGUGUAACCCAGAUGACUAGAACAUACAAUGAUAUUGAGGCUGUGACUCGUCUGCUCGAAGAGAAAGAACGAGAUCUUGAACUUGCAGCUCGCAUCGGUCAAACCCUUCUUGAGAAGAACAAAGAGUUAUCAGAUAAAGCUGACCACUUAGAAGACCAAUUAUCUGCUGCUAAUGACAAAGUUAGCCAAUUAAAACAUGACCUUUCUAUGAAAGAUGAGUUGUUGCGAUUCUAUACACAAGAUUUAGAAAAUGCAGAGUCUGAAUCAGAUUCUAGUACACCAACACAACAACAGCCAUCCUCAUCUGGAGCCGACAGCAGGGUGAAAUCAUUUAAUCUGUCCAGUAUCAAUGUCGAUAACCUAAAGAAAAAGGUACGGCUCCUUGAGGAUGACAACUUGCAGCUGCGGCUCGAGACUUCCCAGUUGGCAUCAGUCACUGAGGACUAUGAAGAAAAGGAAGAGAAGUUGGUGCAGGAUUGCCUUAAGCAGCUUGCUGAUGUCAACAGUCAGCUUGAGGUCUUCUCUGAUGAGUUGGCCCGCAAGACAGAAGAGAGUUCACGCCAGAAAGAAGAGAUUACGAGUCUUCUUUCCCAAGUUGUGGAUUUACAGAGAAAAAACAGAGAGGUCUCUGUGGAGAAUUUAGAUUAUAGUAAAAAGCUUGAGGCAUUCAAGGAUACACAGCAUAAAUUGGCCAAAGAACUAUCUGAAUGGCAGGAUCGCUAUGAUGAAUUAUUAGAAUUAUUUGAAGAAGUCCAAGAUGAGUUACGAACAUUACGUCGUAAGCACAAACCAAGUGCCUCAAAGCACUAUAUGUCUACAUCAUCUUUAAUGAGGGGAGACUCCCUCGCUUCAGAACUUGAAUCAUCAAUGCGAGGUGAGAUAGAAUACCCAGCUGGCUACUCACCGGCUGAGAGAAGAAUUCAUAACUGGAAAAUCUUUGAGACUGCUCGAGCUGCUAAAAAAGCAUCCCAAAGAAUGAAAGAUAAACGAAGCAGUUCUCUUUUCUUGAAAGCUGCAGGUGGUGAUAGCAGUACCCCAGGAUCUGCUAGUGUCUCAGUGAGAAGCUCCCUCUAUUUGUCUGACGGAGAAUCCUUUAUUAGUGAUGGCUACAAUGCUGAUUUGGACAGUAUGUCUGGAUGGCCACCUUUCAGAGCUUACAGUUCCAACUCUACUAACAUUGGCCGUCCUGGUGUGCCUGGGUCCAAUGAUUUAGAAACAGCCCUAAGACGUUUGUUGGUCAAACGACCGUGGGAUAUUAAUGACAAAGAUGGUAAGAGUUCUUCUGACUCUAGUAAAGAAAAUGAAAAGACACAAAUCUCUUUGGAUCCCACAUUCAGUGAUGGCUUCAGCACACCUAUGCUCUCUGGCACACCUGAGAGCAUGUUGUCAUCAGGAGUAUCUGCAUUAUCUGCCACUGGGAGUGCAGGUUUGCAUUUUAAGAUACCCGAAAAAUUACAAAUUGUCAAACCAAUGGAAGGAUCUGUAACACUGAAGCACUGGCAGCAGUUAGCCCAACCACAUAUGACUGGUAUAUUUGAGUCAAGGCCAGGGGUGCAAAUUAAAGGGGAGCGCAAGUUGGAUCUGGAAGAAGAAGUAUAUAACUUAAGUGAUUAUGAAGAAGACGACGAUUACCAGUUGUGUCACAGCAAGAGGUUUGCGGAAAGUUCCACUAUCUACACUUACACAGACUCUAUGGUGAUGCACCCGUCUGAUCAAGUCUAUUUGGAUGAGAAGCAGUCAGAUAAUAAUUCUUCUAUAAAAAGACUUUGGGACUUAGAACGAAAGAAAGCAAAAGAUAGAAAACUUCUCCAAAAGCCUAAACAUGGGAACAAAGACAUGGGAGAGCCUCCUGCUGCUUGCUCAAGGAAAUCAACUCGCAAAACUGCUGACACCACCACAUGUAGCAUGUCACUUGGACUGGCUGCUAUCCUUAAUGAACGAGGCCUUUGUGAUACGUGGAAGUUUGGGCUGCGGUGCAAAGGUAAUUCUGUGAGUCCAGGUGGUGAUGGAACCAGUAGUGAUGAUUCUCACAGUGGAAUUUACACUCGGUCGGGCGGUUCAAGCAGUGAUGCCACCCCGACUCACUUCUAUCGGAAGAAGAAAUCCAGUAGUGAAGUUAAAGAAACUAAAGAUGAUGGCAAUGCUAAUAGUUCUUCAGUAGAUGCCUUGGACAGCUCAAGUGAAGUUGGGGCCAAAACCCAAUCUGCAGGGGCAUCAUUUCUGAGUACUUUAAAAUCUAAAGGGUUUUCAAUUUAUGGUAUUUUAUCAUCAUCAUCAUCAGCAUCAACAGAAAACAAUAACUCUGUAGGAGAAGCAAUCACAACUGACUCUUCUAUUGAUAGUACGCUAAAGUGCACUACUGCAACAGAUGGUGCAGCCAGUCCUACUUCUACCGCCACUACCACCACCACCACCACUAACAACACCACUAUCAUCAAUGACAACAACAACAGCAGCAGAGAUAGCAACCGCAGCAAUAACAACAGUUCACCAUCAGCAACAACAGCGAAUGACAUUGCAUUAGGAAAGUCUGGUGGUGUUCUCGGUGCCAUCACGUCGUUAAGGCAAGGUGGUAUCCUAUAGUCAGUGCAGGAAUCUUUUGUGCCAUAAACUAUGCAUUUUUAGAACAAUAUCAACAACAACAACAACUGCUAUCUUUAUCAAUGGCCUCUGUAUAAAACAACACAACAAGCAGAACAAACACUUGUUAUAUAUAACCGAGAAUGUCAAUUUAGUUACAAUAGAAAUUAUUUAAACAAAUCUUUUCAGACA